GAACCUCGGAACGUGGGUUCAGAUCCCAGUCAUUUGUCCUCGAAGUUCUGAUAGUUCAACAUUAUCUUUGUGAGUUCCUUAGAGUAUGAAAAUGGAGGAGCAGGGCUCUACCUCAGUAGAAGUGCUUCAGGGAGCCGGGAAGGCCCCUCAUGUUUUCCAAGCCGAGAAUAUGAGGGAAUUUUUGCAAAGGAGACAAGGAGAACAGAUUAAACAGGAGCCAGAGGAGGCUUCCUUUCAUCAGUGGGAAGCCCAGUGGCAGGGUUUCCUAAAGAAACUGGAUUCUCCUCACACAGGCAGUGGGAUCCCAAUAUUACUGGACAACAAGCCUUCACCCUGGGAUGAUCCAAAGGCUUUUCUGGCCUCCUUUGAAGAAGUGGCUGAAGCCUGCCACUGGCCCAGAGAAGAAUGGGCAACCCAACUGCUGCCAGCCCUCACCGGAGAAGCCGAGCAGGCCUUUAUCAAAUUGGACACCCGAGACAGAGAGGAUUAUGGGAAAGUAAAGGCAGCCAUCUUGCGAGGGGACGCCAUCAACAGGGAGAAGCAGCGUCAACGCUUCAGAUGCUUCUGCUACCGAGAGGCUGAGGGGCCAAGAGCGGCUUAUAGCCAACUGCAGGAACUUUGUUGCCGGUGGUUAAAAUUUGAGCAACGCUCCAAAGAACAGAUCUUGGAGUUGCUGAUGCUGGAACAGCUCCUGACCAUCCUGCCCCUGGAGAUCCAGAGCCGGGUUAGAGAAUGCGGACCAGAGACCUGUUCCCAGGCAGUGUCCCUGGCUGAAGAUUUCUUGUUCAGACAGCAGGAAGUCCAAAGACAGGAGAAAGAUGUAGCAUUUGAGGAGGGGGCUGUGAGUUUCUCUGAAGCUUCUGACCUCAACCAGAGAUGUUUGGGCCCAAAAACCAAGGAGGAGGAUGACAGAGACAACAGCCUGUCAGGUGAGGAAGGUGACCUCUUGGUGCUUGAGAUCUGAG